AUGACCGAGAGGAUCCUGGAUCUGACCCUGGAGGUCAACUACCUGCUAACUGGAGAGGUGAGGGAUUCUGGGAAUGUCACAGCAACUACACACUUUUAUACUGUGCUUUAACAUGGAUAUUCUGAGACUUAAUAUGGAGAGAUUUGUAAAGUAGGUACUGGGUAGAUAUUUUAUAAACGUGAUUAAUAAAUCUAUUAUAGUAGCCAGGUAGACCCUGUGUGAAUGUAGAAAUAUAACAUAUAAGAUUGUGGGUCAUUAGCGGUGCUGGAUUGCCUUACUGAGAUUUGUGGAAUUUUUUUCUUGUUUGGUCAUGUUAUAAUGUGGGGAUUGGGAUGAUUAUAAGACAUGAUUAAAAACAGGUAGCCCUAGCAUAGCUUCUCUCAGCCCUGUGUACUAUACAGGACUUUAUGAUGGAGAAGGCCGACAUCACACACACAGGCACGGGUAGCAGUGACAGAGGUGGGUGGUGGAAGCACAUACCAGCAGGAUUAAGGUGAUGCCCCUUCCAGGAAAAAGAUAGUUGUAGCGGAGCUGCAAUAUUAAAUCCCAAGAUCUCCGCUGGUACAGAAAGUAAUCCAAAGUAAUGCCCUGGAAAGUAAGGCGAUAUCCCAAAUCCCCCAGUAACCGGACGAAACACAGUUCUGGGAGUCAAGUGAACUUUUAUUCACAGGUCCCAGUAUUUAUGACAAGUCCCCAUGCAAGGGGUUUCCCUACUGAGUCCCCAUUCCAGGGGUUGUACAGUAGGGGUCUACAUGGGGGACUUAACAACCCGGACAUUUCUCCCAUCACGCACUGAUGCACGAGAGGGAUACUCCCACUGGAAUAUCCAAUUAAGGGGAUUAUAUUUCCGUGCUGCAGAACUAACAUUUUACAUAAAAAUACAUAACUUGUACAUUAUUCAUUCUAUAUUACCGAACAAGCGUUCGGUAGAUAGCUGGGGUCUGAGCGCACCUUUCGUGAAAGUACCGCUCAGAUCCCAGCAUAAAUAACCGAACGCCGCACGAAAUACACUUUUACAUCAUAUUCGCCUAAAAGUACCGAAUUCCUAUUGGGAUCCCAAUACCGAAAGACCGGGGCUCCCGAAUGGCCUGGAAGUCCAGCGGUGUUCGCGCUGUCGAGUAGCCGUUUUUAGUUCCAGGCGCUCAACGACCAAACACGGCUGGGCUAACAAAGGAUCCAAGAUGGCCGACCGCUGCAUGGUAGGUAGCCGAACAACGGCCACCUAGGAGCGCAAUUAACUACCAAUUGCAACAAUGUUAAUGGGAGCCACACGACCCUCUGUGUGUGGGCUCCCGUUCGGUACCUUAUUCGUUUACGAAUACCCUUUAUUGUAAAUCACACAAAUACAUCUGUACACAAAAUAAGAGCAGACAACCUCCUGAUGUUAUGCAAUAAGUCUUAAAGUGGCUAGGUUUGCCACAAUAGUGAAACAGCUUUAUAAAUAACUCCAAGGUAACAAAGUGACGUUCUGUGUAACCAGUGAAGUAUAGGCUUAUAGGAGAGAUCCUUUAAUACACGUUUCUUUAUGUGCAGGAUUACAUUGUUGUGAAGAGAUCUGACGAUCCUACAAUACAGAGAAGCAGUCCCUGUGUGUUAAGAGGAUCCUGCAAGACACAGAGCUCCAGCACGGUGUGUCCACCUCACUCACUGAUACAUGAGGGAAACAAUGAGCAAAACAUCCUGGAACUGACCAAUCAGAUCAUCCACCUGCUGACUGGAGAGGUGAGGCUGCUGGGAAUGGGACAUCAUAGAGUAAAACCAAGGGAUGUGUCUGGAUGGUGACUGGAUAAAGAUGUUGGGAUCUCACUGUCUGUUAUUUCUUGUAGGUGUGGAAGCAUUUAAAAGGGCAAAAGGAAACUUCCAAUGAAGUGAUGAUGGAGAGUCACCACCCCCUCAUCUCCUUGGGUGAGACAAAGUUUAAUGAGCAUUGUGUUUGGUUAUAGAGCAGAUAUCAUUCACUUAUAUCAUCAAACACCCAGUACACAGUGUGACAUCUGUACAGUUAUUACAGUUAUUAUUUUGUAAGCUGGAGGGACAAAUUGAUUUGGUUUAUUUUUUAUAUGGAUCACAGAGAUGGUUAUACAAGUCGCAUGUGGUGGCCACUGAAUGUUUGCAAUUCCUCCCCUCCAGUUAGGAUGUUCUCUGAAGUCACUGGGAAUUCUGAUGGAUUUAACUACUAGUUCAGUCAUUGGGUAUUCUUCCUGGACAGUGCUGCACAUUUCAGGAAAGUUGAGGCCUACUGGACUAGAAACCAUCCUGGUUUAUCCAGCCUCUGCAAGUUCUCCUGCGCGCUAGGUAGAAAUUCACUUUGCAGAUCAAUGAAGACUUGCUAAAUAGUAUGUCACACAUAGAAGUAUAACUAUAACAGUAUUUUUAGUAAAGAGUUAAUGUAUUUAUUAAACAAAUCUUUAAAAAGUAAAAACAAUCAUAUGUUCAUGUAAGACUCAGUAGAGAUGCACAGCCGCUUACAAGAUAAAGUGGUGAGUACUACGGUACAUGUACCCGCUACUCACAACCACGCUUAAUCACUGAGGAAUCUCCCAACAAAGUGUUGGCGUCUCUGCGGUCUUCCUUCUCAUGUGCAGUCAGGUUGCGGUCUCGGCUCUCGCACGGUACUGUUUGUCUUUCCCGGCUGCCACAGUUGUUUAAGCUCCGCUCACCUGCGUACGUAUUGCAUCACGUCAUCGAUGCGUUUGGCCGAAAGAGAUCGGAUUCGUCAGGACGUUUUCAGCUAAUUCAGCCCUUCCUUGUGCAGGCUAUAUUAGGGCAAAGUUAACAAUUUUCAAUUGGUCUAUUCUUGAAACCUUAAUUUGCAUAUUCACCUCUGAGUCUCUAUAGCAGUAGUGCUUUUUCCAUGAUGUCAUUAUAUAUACAGUCCAUUCUGUUGCAACUCUAAUAACAGUUAUUAAACCGCUCAUAAAUAAUAGCUGGUAAAUUUCAUCCAGUAUUGUUUGUGCUAAAAUAAGCACAUUAAUUAUCCAUCAUACAAAUUGAUCAUAAUCCUACACAGUAACUGGUAAAUUAUAUGGAGUUUUGUUUGUGCAAAAUAAGCAUAUUAGUAGUCCAUCAUACAAAUCAGUCAUAAGUAACAUUCAUUACACAAGAGUUUCCAUAAUAUAAAAUUCAUAAGGAAAUAAAGGGAACUAGUAAGGUUAGAUACAGCAGUAUUAUAGAACUUAAUCAUAUAAUCACAUCAUAACAGUCUUUAGUAAUAGCACCCGUGGAUAAUAAAGUGUCACCAUUCAAAAAUCCAACCCUUAAAAAGUGUAGAAAAGGCUUCGAUAAAUACAAUAUAAAAUUACUAUUCAGAUCUGAGAUGGACAUUUGUGACUAAUGGAUAUGCCAUUACAGUGAAAAAAAUUCAAAAUCUAUAAAAAAAUAUAUGCCAAAAGUGCAGAAAAAAACACAAAAAGUAAAUAAAUAAGUAUAAAAAUUUUAACAUUUUAAAAAUGGCAUAUCUCAGAAUCAUUAUCCAGUCCAUGGGAAUAAGGGUAUUUAAUUUGGAUUUCCAUCUCAUCUAUGUUUUUCCUAACUCCUGUAUAAAAUUGCCCCCUCUCCAAUUCUUUUUAACUUGCUGGAUUCCUGUGAACUCUAAUAGGGAUGGAUCUGAAUUAUGGACUUCCUUAAAAUGCAGAGACAUAACAUAAUUUAUCAACCCGUUACAGAAACAGGACCUGGGAUAACAAUGGCAACUUUAUUAUUCCUUAACCAUUUAUGACAGAAUUAUUCCAUCAUGGAUGUCCUAUGUAUUCCGUCAUGGAUGCCCUAGAUCCUAUUUAAAUUGUACGGCACCCCACCUGCAAUAAAAAUUGUUAGGAAAAAAUGUCUAGUGUAGACACUCCCGAUGCAGUGCCCUUUUCUAUAUAUCCAGUCUUAGAUUAGAAAGUUACGUUACACAUGUGUAAUGUCCUUAUUGCAUGUUUUUGUACCUGCUUUUCAUUCACAAUGCCCUUGUGAUGCAUUAUAUUGUCGCAGUAAAAUAACAUUAAUAAAACAAAACAGGAAGAGAGAUCACUGCUUAAGUAACCACCUGAGACAUCUAUAGCUAGCCUGGUAAGUCCACUGCAAUUAAGGAAAUGUUCUAAUUUUAAGUGUUUUCUUUCCAGUAGAUGGUUCCAUAAACAGAAAUGAAAUCAGUGGAUUGUACACUUCAGUUUCUUCUCCAGAUUAUAUAACCAAAUAUAACGAAAUCACAAGUGAUCAAAAAAUAAACAGUGUGGCAGUCGGUACACCAAGCAGUAAAUCUUUGAGUCUUGAAACUACAGAAUCCGAGGAAGUAAAUCUAAGAGAUAUUAAUUCGCCCAUAGAACAUAUACAGACUGAAGAUCCAUCUCCUCAUAUUAAGGAGGAAUCAGACUCGUAUGAGGAAGGAAAUCUCCCAGACACAGACAUAUAUACACCCACAGAAGAUGCACAGAUAGAAUAUCCACCUGCUCAUAUUAAAGAGGAAUCAGACUUGUCUGAGGGAGGAAAUCUCCCAGACACAGACUUCUAUACACCCACAGAAGAUGCACAGAUAGAAUAUCCAUCUACUCAUAUCAAGGAGGAAUCAGACUCUCGGGAAGAUGGAAAUCUUGGUGAAGCUUCCAUUUGCACAACCAAGGGAGAUGCACAAAUGAACUAUACACCAAAAUAUGAAUCUGCAUCAAAUGAAAAACAAAUUCCUAUAAACACUGAUAUUCAUACAGGCACAGACCAUAGACAGACAGAAUAUCCACCUGACCUUAUUAAGGUAGAAUCAGCCUCAUGUGAAAUCAACACUCUCUCCAGUAUCAAGGUUUAUACACCUACAAGAGAUAAACAGAUGGACUAUACAUCAAAUAAUGAAUCCGGAUCAAACAAAGAGGAAAAUCUCAGAGACAUAGAUAUUUAUGCACCCACAGAACAUACACAGACACAGGAUGGAAAUUUCACCACCUUAGACAUUCUUACCCUCACUUGUCAUACUGAAAUACAAAACUCUUCUGAAUGUAGAAAAUGCUUCACUGAAACUUCAGAUAUUAACAAACAUGUAAGGAUUCAUACAGGAGAAGAAACAUCAAAUCACAAUAAACAUAUGAAGAUUCACAUGGGAGAUAAAUCAUUUUCCUGUUCAGAAUGCGGAAAAAGUUUCGGGCACUCUUCUAGUCUUAAGGCUCAUCUAAAGAUUCACACCGGAGAGCAAUCCUAUUCAUGUUCUGAAUGUGGGAAAUGUUUUGCUCAAAUGUCAGCUCUUAAGACACAUCAAAGGAUUCACACAGGAGAGAAACCAUUUUCAUGUUCAGAAUGUGGAAAAUGUUUUAGUAACUCUUCCUCUCGUAACAAACAUCAAAGGAUUCACACUGGAGAAAAACCAUUUUCUUGUUCUGAAUGUGGAAAAUGUUUUGCUUGCAUGUCAACUCUUAAGAGACAUCAAAUGACUCACACAGGAGAGAAAGUAUUUUCAUGUUCAGAAUGUGGAAAGCGUUUCAGUGACUCUUCCACUCUUAAGAUUCAUAUGAGGAUUCACACAGGAGAGAAAUCAUAUUCAUGUUCUGAAUGUGGGAAAUGUUUUGCUCACUUGUCAACUCUCAAGACACAUCAAAGGAUUCACAGAGGAGAGAAACCAUUUUCAUGUUUUCAAUGUGGGAAAUGUUUUGCUCAGUUGUCAACUCUCAAGACACAUCAAAGGAUUCACAGAGGAGAGAAACCAUUUUCAUGUUCUCAAUGUGGGAAAUGUUUUACUCGCAUGACAAUUCUUAAGAAACAUCAAAGGAUUCACACAGGAGAGAAACCAUUUUCAUGUUCAGAAUGA